AUGUCCUUGGCUAAUACUUUGUGGAUGAUCCUGCUGCAUCAAUUACAGCCUAAAGACGCCUCGGGUAGCCUUCCACAAGCUUGCUGCAGUGGUCUGAUGACAGUUUUUGCCAUUCUUCUCAAGCUGUGUCAGAUUGGAUGGGGAACAUUCUUUUCACUGCAGUUUUUUCCUUCUUUUUUUUUCUUUUUUUUCUUUUUUUUUUUUCUUUUCUUUUUUCUUUUUCUUUCUUUUCUCUCUUUUCUCUCUUUUCUCUUUUUUUCUCUCUUUUUCUCUUUUCUCUUUUUUCUCUUUUCUCUUUUCUCUUUUUUUUCUCUUUUUCUCUUUUCUCUCUUUUCUUUUUUUUUUCUUUUUUUCUUUUUUUCUCUUUUUUUUUUUUCUCUCUUUUCUUUUUCUUUUUUUUCUCUUUUCUCUUUUUCUCUCUUUUUCUUUUUUCUCUUUUUUCUUUUUUUUUUUCUUUUUCUCUCUUUUUUUUUUUUUUUUUCUCUUUUUUUCUCUUCUCUUUCUUUUCUCUUUUUCUCUCUUUCUCUCUUUUUCUUCUUCUCUUUUCUUUUUCUUCUUUUUUCUUUCUCUUCUUUUUUUCUCUCUCUUUUCUCUCUUUCUCUUUUCUUUUUUCUCUUUUUUCUCUUCUUCUCUUUUUUUCUUUUCUCUCUCUUCUCUCUUUAG